UCUCUCCCUUUCUGCUCUCCCUCUCUUUCUACACCGCCCACUCCUUCCCCAAUCAUUGAUCCGACCACUCACUGCCGCCUCGCCGGCUUCUUUUGCCUCAUUACAUCGCCCGCUGCGCUUUCUGCAUUUUUUUUUAGGGAGGAGAAACAGCACAUUUAGGGACCAAAAAAUAAAAAAAAAAAAAACAUCACCAUGGCGAGCACCGAGGAUAAAGCGGCCAACAAGGAGAACGUGUCCAGCUGGAAGGACUCCAUCUACAACCCGAGAACCGGGGAGUUGCUGGGUCGUACUGCCAGCAGCUGGGCACUCAUCCUGUUGUUCUACUUGGUCUUCUACUGCUUCUUGGCCGGCAUGUUUGCUCUGACCAUGUGGGUGUUGCUGCUCACUCUGGAUGACUAUGUACCGAGGUACAGGGACCGCGUCCCAGAGCCAGGGUUGGUGAUUCGUCCAAAUUCACUGGACAUCGUUUUCAACAAAUCUGACCCACACAAGUAUGCACAAUAUGUCCAACAUCUGGAAUCCUUCCUGCAAAGAUACAACGAUUCAAUGCAGGAGAGUAACGAGGAGUGCGUUUCAGGAGAGUAUUACAAGCAGGACAAUGGUGACAUGACGAAGAAAGCUUGUCCCUUCAAGAGGACAUCCCUGAGUUUGUGCUCUGGCCUUUCCGACACCAACUUUGGAUAUCAAGAAGGAAAGCCCUGUGUGCUGCUGAAAAUGAACAGGAUUAUUGGCCUGAUGCCAAUUGGGGAUCCCUAUAUCAACUGCACAGUCAAAAAAGACCACCCAGUUCAAAUGCAGUAUUUCCCAGUUGAGGGGCGCAUUGAUAAGAUGUAUUUUCCCUACUACGGCAAGAAAGCCCAUGAGAACUACAUGCAGCCCCUGGUAGCUGUGAAGCUGCUGCUCACCAAGGAGGACUACAACAAGGAGUUGGCUGUGGAGUGCAGGGUAGAGGGCACCAACCUGCGCAACAAUGACGAGCGGGAUAAAUUCCUGGGCCGUGUCACCUUCAGGGUUAAGGUGGUGGAGUAAAGGCAGAUACAGCCUGUGAAAGGAAAUCUAAUUGAGGCUGCCCACUAAGGAUUUAUGUUUCUUUUUUUUUUUUUUUAAAGAAAAGGAAGGAAGCGUCAAAACGUCACAAAGGCGGCAUUUUGGGAUGUGGCACAACACAGCCAGUUACACACUGACACCACAUGCUGCUUUCAUGACAUUUCUGACCUUUCUUUUCUUAAUGAUUCCUCACUGACCUCCUCAAAGAGUCUCAUAUCAAACCACAGGCACCGCUCCUGAGCCCAUCCAUCCACCCCACCCCCCAUUCACCCAUUGCACUGUUCAUUCUCCGCUCAGUUAUUUUUUUUAUUUGUAUUGACGUGAUUAGAUAAAUUAUAGCCAUUGCAACCAAGCCAUUUGGAGCUGUUGUGUAAUCGUUGACAAAACCCUUUUUUAUUAUUCGCUUUAGAUCUUCCUGCUGUUGGGAAGAAAGUGUUGUUUUCAUCUCUUAAACUGUAUGAAGACAGUAUUAUCAUCAGUGUGGAGAGGAUUUUUAUCUUGCUGUAUAGUAUAACUGAGAAAGUAGAACAUCUCCAGGGUAUUACUCAUUACACAUCACAAAGACUUCAUGGAAACAUACCUUGAUAAUCAAGUAUAGCCACUGUAUCCCUGUAUAUGAAAUGCCAAUUACAAAGUCCCUUUCUACUAUAAAUACAUUGUGAUCCUUAACAUAUUUAGGGAAUUAUAGAUAGAUCUUUGUGUUGUGGUCUCCGUAGCCACAACCCGGUCUUGUGCUGUGUGUCUGUCUGUCUGCAUGUCUGUCUGUCUGUCUGCCCGUCUUCCUGUUUACUCACCUCUCCACUGCAAUAGCCAACAUGUGGGUGAGCCCUCCAGGACUUGAGACCACCUCGCAGGGGUGCUGUGUGUCGAUCGCGGUUUGAGGCGACACACACGCACGCUCACGAGAAGGUACGGUGUAAAAAAAAAAAAAAAUUGCUUUUAAGGCGGAGAGGCGCUGGAAGAAGCGUUUCAAAAAUAAAAAGUUCACUGUAACUAUGUACUGUAUAUCUAUACGUGAUCUGUAUAUCUAUCUGGGUCUCAAAGAUUGUUAGUUUUUCUCUCUUCUUCAGCCUGUUGAUCUGAUUGUCUGCCAAUCUAUUACUCUUCAGUGUAUAUAUAUAUAAACUAUCUACCAUAUUUACUUAAUUCACACUGUAUUUUUGUCACAAAACACAAUGUCUGUGCACUGUAAAGAAAUAAUUUAAGCAAAGAUUUACAGGAAAAUAUCUUAUUCAAAGCUAUGUUUACACAGUCUUAAAAGGAACCCGCGUUUGAACGAACAACUUGUAACAUCUCUUCAGGGUGCCUUAAGACCUGAUGAAAUAAAUUGUGGGAUAAGUGAUUUUGAA